AUGGAGGCCGUUAGCCCGGAGAGCCGCGGAGAAGGGGCUGCGGCGCCGCAGGCCCAGGGGCGGCCAGCGCCGGAGGCGAGGGUACACUUCCGAGUGACGAGGUUCAUCAUGGAGGCAGGUGUCAAGCUAGGGCUGCAGUCCAUCCCCAUUGCCACGGCGUGUACCAUUUACCACAAGUUUUUUGGCGAGACUGACCUGGACGCCUAUGACCCCUACCUGAUCGCCAUGUCGGCCAUUUACCUGGCCGGCAAGGUGGAGGAGCAGCACCUGCGCACGCGGGACAUCAUUAACGUGUCCAACAGGUACUUGAACCCGAGCAGUGAGCCCUUGGAGCUGGACGCCCGCUUCUGGGAGCUCCGAGACAGCAUCGUCCAGUGUGAGCUGCUCAUGCUCCGAGUUUUGCGUUUCCAGGUUUCCUUCCAGCAUCCACACAAGUACCUGCUCCACUACCUGAUCUCGCUCAAGAACUGGAUGAACCGAUACAGCUGGCAGCGCACGCCCAUCUCUGUGACCGCCUGGGCCCUGCUGCGGGACAGCUACCACGGCGGGCUGUGCCUCCGCUUCCGGGCGCAGCACAUAGCCGUGGCGGUGCUGCAGCUGGCCCUGCAGGUCUACGGCGUCGAGGUGCCUGCCGACGCCGACGCCGAGAAGCCGUGGUGGCAGGUGUUUAGUGACGACCUUACCAAGCCAACCAUUGAUAAUAUUGUGUCUGAUCUCAUUCACAUUUAUACCAUGGACACAGAGAUCCCCUAAGGCACUGGUCCUGGCCUGUCCAAAGAGAAGCGGGAUGCCUGGCUGCGGACUGGACUUGCCAGGCUAGCAGCGGACUGCUCGGCCACAUGGCCAUGCAGGCCCGUCCCCAGAGGACUGGUUGGGAGCGAUAGCUCUCUGCUCCUGGAAAUGGCUGCUGAUGGCGCUCUGACCUGUGGCCUUGAUUGCCCCUGCCAGCCACGCGCCAGACAUAGGUAGCGCCCCUUUGGUGGUGGGCUGGAGACCAUCCUGGGGGGCGGAUCUGAGGUGGUCCGUGUGCGCUUUGUCCUUCGUGAGGAUGCAGACUACAUUCAAGGCAUGGCUUCACUGAGAGGAAAAUCAAAGUAGCCUGUUUGACUGUAUCCCCUGGGAUUUUUUAAAGCCUGAUUUAUAGAAAGGAUGACUGUACAACAUAGAGGGAAUUCUAUUUUGUAUAAUAAAAGGUGAUACA